UACGGAGGCCGCGAUUUGACACAUUUGGUCGGGUUUCCUCUAACCACGUGGUUCCGUGGGUUGUUGUCAUUCAGACUCUACCUACAACACUGUUAGCUUUAGCGUUAUAACAGCUGAAGGCUAGAGAUUUGCUACGUCUUCUUAGUUUAAAAUGAGCUCAAAGAGACCCACAAAGCAGGACAAGGAUUUUCUGUUUCUUGAACAAGUGUUGGACAAGUUCUACGACCUCGAUAACGGCACUGGUUCGAAGAAGCUCAAGUCAAAUAAGAAGAAAAGAAGAAAACAUGAGGGAGAGCUGGAGGAGGACACAGAGGAGUCCACUGGAGCUGGAAACAGGAGUAGCAUCACCGACAACCACAGAGCGCCACCUGCUGGUGCUUUACAGCAGCAGCAUACAAAAACAGAACACGCAGGUACCACUGCACAGCGGGGCAACAAAGUGGAGGUGGUGACGUUUCAGGAUCCGAGGAAAAGACCGAAAACCAGUCAGAGAACGGCUGUAGAAGCCACACCAAAGACUCCGACGACGACACAAAAGAAGAAAAAUGACCAGAUUCAGGAAGAACUGAGUUUGGAAAAGGCUCGUCUGGAGGUCCACCGCUUCGGAAUCACGGGCUACAAGAAGGAGGAGCAGCGUGGGUUUGAGCAGGACAGAGCCAUCAUGCUGGGAGCCAGACCUCCCAAAAAACCAUACGUCAACUACAGAGUGCUGCAGCAGCAGAUCAGAGAGAAGAAGCAGAAAGUGAAGGAGGAGGUGGAGCUGGAGCCGGAGCUAAAGAAAAAGAAGAAGCAGAAAAAACCGAGGGACCAGAAGACGACGUCCUCUGGUUCUGGCUCAGCUCCCACAGGACAAAUGGGCCGCUUCAAGAACGGCAUGUUGAUCCUCAGCCCCAAGGAGAUCCAGACAAUCAAAGGCAGCAAAAGAAAGAAAUAAGUCGGUUUGACCGAGGACUUGACCUUGUGUCUAGGGAUGUCUCAUGUUUUCACAUCAACACAAAAAAGAGAAAUAGGUUCCAUCACAGUUUAUUUAUUUAAUUUUAGAAAUGAUCACAAAACUGCUGCUUUUAAGUGGUUUUUCUAUUUUUUUUCUUCUUUUUUUUUUUAACAAAUGACGGCGCUCCGACGCAGUAGUCGUUUACAAAUCAGUCUUACAAAACAUUUACAGAGGUGCGGGGCGGGGGUCAGAACAGGACAGAACAGACGGAGGACAUUUUUAUAAAAGCACACACACACAUAUCCUGGCAGAUUUUUUAUGAAAAAACUCACAGAGCUUCUUGUUGCUGCUCACUGAGAUGUAAACUUCAGAGUUUGGAUGAAAACGGCGAUGACCGUUCAAAUAAAACCAGGUCCAGUGACGUGAUGCGACAGUGUACGGCAGGAUGAGGUCACACGUUUCGUCAUCUCCCAGAAGCAGCUUUUUGGAUUUUUUUUUUUUUUAAAUUUCACAGAAACAAAACGUGAAUUUUGAUUUAUUUUGCAGCCACUGACAGUCACCUGUACAAACUGUAAACUGCUGUACUGAUAAAAUAAAUAUGUCAUCAAUGUA